UGACUGUUGCAGUUGAUGUACAUCAAUAGCAGCACAAGUGAUGAUACGAGGCGGAAAGUGUGCUGCUCGCUCUGUUGAGGACUCUUAUUUUGAAAUAAUUUUCUUGACCGGUUGUGCCGCCAUCUAGUGGAUCUUUCAUUUUGUUCAGUUCUAGCAGGAAGUAGAGUGCUGAGCACAGCCGCAUUUAUGUGCAUCAAAUAUUUUCUUUCACGUCUCUCCUGAGAUACUGUUUGUCUGUAAGUAAUAUAAAGUUCUAAUUUUAACAUUAAGCUCAGUACAUCCAAAUUAUGUUUUAAAAAUGUUACUGUGAAGAAAAUGCCUGUGUAAUCUGCCUGCAAAUGAUGUUUAAUGUGAGAGCUGCAUGUCGCUCCUAAUGCAUAUAUAUUGAUUAGUAUAUUUAGUUUUGUUCCUGUAAAGAUGUGCAUGAUAUCUUCCAGUCAAGCCUUGAAAGAUUAUUUGAAUCCCAUUAAAAAUCUUAGUUUGCUAUCUUUCUUUGCAAAACAACACAUUGUAAGGACAGUAAAAUAUCUAUUUUAAAAUCUAAUUGUAAAUUUAAACCAAAUUAUCAAACCAAAUUAAAACCCAGUUUAGCUAACUAAAAAGUUAAAUGUAAAAACUGCUACUGAGAGAAUAGUUUUAAUGAGAUAAAUUGGUAUUUGUUUCUUGUGGGGAACAAAAAGAACAUUUUAAAAAUAAACCUACAUCCACAAGAGAUGCUCCUAAAGAAAGCUCUGGGCUGAAACGUUUGCUUGCUGAUCUGUUUUUAACUUGCACACCACACUUUUUCACGAUGCAAGUUUAAAAUAAAACAAUGUAUUUUUUGACUUUUUUUUUCUGUCUGUUUGUCAUUCAGUGUGCGGACAGCAUCUUGUGGAUUUUGCAUAAUUGUUUUUGUCUCUAAGCACCUGAAGUUAACACAAGUCUAGUUUGGGUGCAACAAUUCCUUCUACUCAAAAUAAACUUCACCAAUUCAUACUUUCAGUGAAGCCCCUCCCACUGCACUUCAAUUAUAAAUGCUGUGAUUAUUUCCAUAUAGGUAAAGAAAGAAGUAUCAGGUGGCAUGUAAAUAGCAACAACUCCAAAUGUAACCACUGAAGUCUACUGGCAUACUAUUGCAAAAAUGAAGUCUGUUAAAGAGGAAAAAGAGGACUUGGGUUAUCCAGAGACACAUAUCAUGAAACAGAAACAUUCUGAGGAUCAAAGAGACUUGAUGGAAGUGAAAGAGGAAAGUCAAAAACUGAACGACUUGGAGGAGAAACAUCAGUGUCAUAAAUCUGAUCAUUUCAUUACUGGUGAAAAACCUUCUAGUUGCUCACGGACUGAAACAAAUUUCACGCAGAAAAGAACUCGAAGAACAAGAGCCAAAAAAAUAUUAACUUGCCAUCAGUGUGGAAAGAGCUUCCCAUACAAAGGAAAGCUGGAGUGUCACCUGAGAAUUCACACCGGAGAGAAGCCUUUUACAUGCACUCAGUGUGGAAAGAGUUUCACAAACAAAGGACACCUUAAGAGUCACAUGAUGAUUCACACCGGAGAGAAGCCUUUCAUGUGCGCUCAGUGUGGAAAGAGUUUUACAUACAAAGGUCACCUUAAGUGUCACAUGAGAAUUCAUACUGGAGAGAGGCCUUUCAAAUGCCCUCAGUGUGGAAAGGGUUUCACACAACAAAGCCAUCUCACAGUUCACAUGCGCUAUCACUCUGGAUUGAAGCCAUUUAACUGUGAUCAAUGUGGCAAACAAUUUAUGUGGGAAUCACAUCUGAAGGAACACCUGACAAUUCAUACUAAUGAGAAGCCUUAUGUGUGUUCUUUUUGUGGAAAGGGUUUCAUUAUUUCAGGACACUUGAAAGAACAUGAGAUAGUGCAUACUGGAGAGAAGCCAUACCACUGCACUUUAUGUGAGAAGAGUUACACACAAGCAGCUGGUCUACAAAACCAUUUAAAAAAGCAUCAAAGCGAAAUAAAAAUGUAAAGCAAAAAGAAAAAAGUAGCACUAGUGGUGUUCUGGGUCAUUUUUGACCCACCAUAGGAAAUGAAUGGGAAAGACUAAAACACAGAGCAUUCUUUUUUAAUUUGUCAAAUGAAAUACGUAAAUCAGCCACAAUGCAGAACACACACCCAUAGAUAGGAAGGAGUGAGACUAUAGCACAUCCACAAUGCAGAACAUUUGCACUGACACACACACACACACCAAUUAAUCUAUAACAACCAGGCAUGAAAUAGUGGAUCUAUGCAGCCAUUUACUUGUCAUUUCAUGUGGCAGAUUGCAACAAUCUGACCUCAAUGCAGACACACACAAACACACAGAUCAAAGGCUGAGUCUGAGACAGUUAACCUCAUCCAUUCAUAAUGUAUGAUAAUACUUUGUGUUAUUACUUACUAUUUUUCUUGUUUUCUUUUUACCAUUUACUGUUUGUAACUAAUUUUUAAUGGAGUUUCAUAAAGUUCGGGAGGAGCGUGUUCAUUUAAUUGGAGCAAUCACAUCGCCAGAGUAAGCGUAUAUAAACUGCUGCUUACAUCCAUGCUGCGACGAUUCUUCCAGCAUUACUCCACCACCCCAACUCCUCCUGUCUAUUCAUUAAUAAUUCAACAAGUCUGGGGAGGUUUUUGAGCUCAGGUCAAGUCUCGAGCCACGAGCCCUCCUCCAGUGGCAGCGAGCCAAACACUUUUACACUAUCCUCAUGGCAGGAUUACAUUAACUUGCGAACUACUGAAUGAAUAAUUCGUUGGUUGCUGUUAUUUCACUGACUAAUUUUGAUGCCAUUGCAAAAUGUUUAUUCUAAGUCUUUUGUUUGUACACAAAAUGAUUUAUCACGGUCCAUCCCUGUUCAUUUUUGUUUAUUGAUGUUCG